CCCCCGGCCUAAGAACUGACCGCCGGUCCAAAAAUGAUCCUCGGGCCCCUGCUCGCCGCGCAAGUGGAGAUCUCGCCCGGCAUCGCCACCCCCCUCGAUGCCAUCAAAUCAAUGCUCGACCAGCUCGACCUGCAGAUGGGCGCGAGCCGCGCGCUCGAGCACCCUUGCGCGCCGGCAAUGAGGGCGGUCGGCUGUGACGGCUUCGAGUGCUUCCGCGCCGCCGUGAGGGAGUCGAACGUGGCGCUCUCGGAGGAGUGCGAGCGCUCACUUGGGGCGGACGCGCGCCCGUCCUCCUCCUUCUCCCUCACCGUCGAGACCGAGGAGAGUGAGGACGACGCGGCGCGCUGGCUUUUGAGCAAGAAGGAGUACUCCUCGCUUUUCAGCGCGGCCGGCCUGCUCAACGGCGUCUUCGGCGGCGAGAGCGACGGCUCGUACUUUGACUACUCGAGCUACUUCGACUACUCGUACGGCAGCUACGCCGAGCCGGCCGCCUCCCCGCUUGACCGCGAGGGGGGGCGCUUCUCCCCCUUCGAGGAGGGGGCACUGUUCGAGUCGAUGGCGGCGCAGGCGAUGAACAUCUUCCUCGCCCCGGACGCCAUGAUGCCGCACGCCGCCGCCGCGCGCGACGUUGCCGAGGAGUCAGAGGAGGGCUCUUCGCACCCGUGCCGCGCGGAGUCUGCCGCGCUCUGCCCGCGGGAGGUCGGGUCUGAGGGUCUGAUGGCCUGCCUCGUCGCGAGCCUCGAGAAGCUCUCGCCGCGGUGCAAGUGCGCGCUGCACCAGCUCGGAGGCGACUGGGGAUGGUACGGUGGUGGGGGGAACUGGUUCGCGCAUGGCUUUGGCCUUUGCGACAGACCGUUUUCCGAUGGGGUGAGAGUCUCGUACUAUCUACGUCUCGCGGCUUUGGUUCCGCUUGUGUAAGGUU